AUGGCGGUGCUAGAUGAGGUUCCGCACAUCACCGCCCGCGUUCGGGUCGCUGAGGAGUUGGCAGCUGAAUACGAAGUCCCAGAUGAUUUCGAAAUGACCAACAAUCCUCACAAAGCAGAUGAUACAACACCAAGAAAACACUGCUACAUCGAGUGCAAAUCGGAUGCCGAGUUUUCUAUCGAAGUUACAGUCUCUUCCGGUCUACAAAUUCCCCCCAAGAAUGACGCUAUCUGGAUGUGGGUAUACAUUGACGGCACAUACAUGGACUGUCGGCCCGUAUACAAGCACAAACUACCUAAGAGGCAGCCAAUCGACAUAUCCAUGUCGUCCGCGCGAUGUGACACAGGUUCAGGAGUAUCAGUACUCAAGAAGUUUACGUUUGCUCCCAUCACGGAAGUUGAUUCCGCAUCCAAAUCAAAGAUUGAGAAAGAUAUUUCGAGGGCAAAGGGCUUGGGGAUAAUCAAGAUACUCGUCGAGACAGCCAGGACUGCAAAGACACAGUGCGGGAGAGAAUCUAGCACUAAUCCCACCAGCCAGCAACCAGACCUUGCGGAGAAAGCGUUGAAGGGCAAAGGGAUAAGCCACAUGACCACCUUGGCCGAGACAGGGACUGUUAUUAAAACGCCCACCUGCGUCAAUGUCGAGAAUAUAGUUCCUGUUGGAGAGUUCUUCUUUCAUUACCGAUCCCAUGAAGCUCUGCAGCACGAAAUGAUCAUCCCACGAACUCCAUCACCAGAGCCUCCAGUUGUGGCUGACGAUGGCGAAGAUGUCCUCUCUCAUCUCUCAGAGAGUGAUAUACGACGUCUCGCAAUGGAAAGACUACGUGACAGCAGUACCAAGCAGGAGUCUCUCACUGUCAAACGCGAGGCAGAUGAGGAUACGCCUACCCCGAGACAAUGGAAAGUCGUCAAGCUCGACGACGGGAAGGAGGCCGUCGAUUUGACAGAUGACUGA